UCAAAGCAUCCUCGCUGAUAAGGUUUUCUUUUACUUAUCUCUCCUCGUCCUGUGGCUGAAGCAGAGGUAGACGGGAGGGAUCCUGAGGUAGCACGGGAUGCUGUGGAGAAGAGACUCCGUGGGAGGAAGCCUCAAAGUGAACCAGAGGGCGGCAAAACACAAAUGGCUUCCCCGAAGCUGCUUCCCGUCGAGGAUGGACGCAAACAGUCCGCAUUGAAUCCAGAUGGAAUUGACCGAGUUUCCGCCCGGAAGUCAGCGGGUUCCACAGGAGAGGGGCUCCCCGGGGAGGGCAGCUGUGUCCCAGUCCGCAGCAGCCGCAAGUGCCUUUCAGCACCGAGGACAGCGCCGCGCAGGGCGUGUGCUGAGGGGAAACUCUGCCCUCCAGGCGAGGAGAAAAUACGAGUUUGCUGCGACGAGGAGUUGGAGACUUCAUUUACUUUUAUUGAUGAAAACGUAAACUUGCGAUUGGCCAGCCCGGAAACUAGCUGUAAAAGUGCUCAUAGGCCCGUGCGCAAUGGCGAAUCCUGCUCCGAGACUUUGCCUGAGCUCUCCUUCAUGUCGGAGGAUGACCUGUCCUUCGGCGAGGCCUCAGGGACUGUGGACUACGGCUUUAUCAGCGCAGUCACUUUCCUAGUGACAGGGAUCUCCCUGGUGAUCAUCUCCUAUGCUGUGCCCCGGGAUGUGGAGGUGGACCGCGACAGCGUUUCGGCCAGGGAGAUGGAGCGACUCGAGAUGGAAAGCGCCCGGAUAGGUGCCCAUUUGGACCGCUGUGUGAUUGCGGGGCUCUGCUUGCUGACUCUGGGUGGUGUCGUGCUCUCCACGCUGCUCAUGAUCUCCAUGUGGAAAGGGGAGAUGUACAGGAGGAAGCUUGCAGCGUACUCCAAACGCUCAGCUAAACUUUAUGGCUCAAUCAGCCUGAAAACAAGAUCCAGUCCCAGCCACUCGUCUGCGCGCUUGUCCUUGGAGGAGGAGAUGGACGUGGAGACUUUGGCUUAAGCUCUAGCUCUACGUAGAAACAUUUAUUUUCAAACAGAUUAAUGUCCGUUACGCACCUCUUAUAACAGCUUAACCAUGUGAGACCCAAAAUGGUAAAUUACUGAAAAAUGCGCCACAGAUGGGAUGUGUGGGUUACAUUUACCCUUUAUAACUGCCAUUUUGAGAUGAGAUUGAAACAGAGAAAAGUCCUAAAAGUGCUAUUUUUUUUUUCUUUUUUUUACUGAGCACCUAUUACCCAUCCACACUGAGAAAAGCCAGCAAGGUUUUCCAGGGAAUUUAAACAGCUUGCAUUGAUUUUUACCUGUUUUAACUCCAGGUGUAAAGGAUGGGGCGAUCAAAGGUACUUUAUUAAGCUGGGGGGAGAAUCUUGGACUAAUUAACCCCAUCAACAUGUAUAUGUUGGCAACUCAUUGUCUUUGCUCAUGCUAGAAGGGCAGUAAGUUUUUGAAUUGAGAAAGCUUCCUGGAGGGAAAUUAAAAGUUUUGGUGAGUAGAUUUGAGCAAAAGUUUAUUAAAAAACAUAUCUCAAACAAAUUUAAAGUAAUUUGUCUUUUAAUCUGUUUGGGGUUUGAAUUAUUAUAAAUAUGCCACCUCUACUGCGAUGGACUGGCGACCUGUCCAGGG